AUGACAAGUGCCGCUACGUCCUGGUCUGCGUAUGCGGACUGGUUCGAGGCACUACCGACCGAACCCAUUGAGGUCGCACGGAUCGUCCUGGGUCAUACUACAGUUGCACAGACGUGGCAUCAGGUGCUGCAGGCCGCCGCGCAGGCCGUCUUGACAGAGCCACGCCCGACGGCUAGCACAGAAGGAGACGCCGCCACUGAUGCCACGCUGGGCCGCCUUGCCGCAGCAAUGAUCCCUGCUCUGAAGCGUCUGCAGCAACAUGGCGACCCAUCCCUGCUCGAAAGUGUAUGUGGCAAGCAAGGUUGGGUGGAUGUGGCUAUUCUCGCCACUACGUAUGGCCUCAGCGACGAGGCUACACCCUUGUUGACAGCUGCAUGGCCACGCACAGAGGUAACUGUGUGGUGGGAUAUGGCAUGGGAAGCACUCAAGCACGCGACAAACCGUUUUUUCUAUGUGCCAUGGGCCGAAGGCAUCCAACGUCUACGCCGCGCAGCCCGUCUCGCGGACGCACUACUGCAAACCCACCCUGUUAUCCCUACAUCAAGCGAGGCCAACUGCCGCGAGUCGCUGACAAACAUCGCUCAGGCCCUCGCAGAAGCGUACCAUGGCGUAUUGGCCGCAUCCCGUAUCCCACGCGACGAAGCAAGUUCGUCAGCGACGCCAUGGCCUUCCGCUUGGCUCGCUGCCAAAGUUGACGUUCUGAGCACGGCGGAUGCGUGUGUCAUGGCGGCGCACGCCCUGGGCGAUACAGCCUCGCCGCUUGCAGCGCUCGAUGAGCAAGCCCUGCAUAUUCCUGAUAGCGUGGCCUUGGUCGAUGCGCCGCUGCGCACAGACCUGCAAAACGCUGCGCCAGCGUGCGCAUCCAUUCUGGGUACGUCCAUGACACCCUUCCCAGGCGCAGCAUGGGCGGCUGUACGGCCCCUAGCUGCGGUCACAGUCACAGCGCCGCCUGUCAAUACCGAGUUGGUGGAUAUGAUCCUCGGUGUCUUGCCGCAUCUGGACCGCCAGCAAGUGGAAAGCCGCGUAGCUCGACCUCGGUACCAAGAUAUGACGCCUGAAGCGGUGCUGGAAGUGUUCCUCGAUGAUCCAGAUGGAUUGCAGGACUUGGAUGAUGAUUACGAUCCUGUGGCCGGCAUGGCAUCGAUGCGAGUGCAGGACGAUGCACCGUUGUCCGACGAUCUGAAAGCUGCAAUUCUCGCACGUGCCGAAGCCGAAGAUACCCUGGAGGAAGAAUGGGACCUGAACGCCCCGCCCACGCCAACACAGCAAGCAGAGCGCUUAUUAUUGGCGACGUACCAAUCGCAAGGCGCCGGGCUCUUUGCACGGACCAAAGUGGCACGGCAAAGUGCAGGUCGGGCGCGGCUGCGUGAGAUGCUCGCACCACUGGGCACCUGGGGCGAUGACCAAAUCGAAGGAUGGGCCGUCAUGCUGGAGCGCCAUCCAAACCGGGAAGCCAUGUUGAUGCGUGCGCAACACAUGAUUACACCCAACACCAAUGUAGGCAAAGAGCGGUCCUGGGGCGCUGAUAAAAUGCGUGGCGGCCGAAUUCCAUCCCAAAGGCCGUCCGGCCACGGCGGGGGUCGUGGCGGCCAUCGCGGUGGUCAGCGUGGCGGCGGACGUGGCGGCGGACGUGGCGGUCAUCGCGGGGGCCCACGUGGGAAAUGA